ACGCACACGCGCGCAAUAAUCCGAAAAACGACUCUUUAUCAUUAUCAACUUUACUUUUGAGUUUAGUCUACGGUGAGUGUUGUUGUUCGGUCGGUCGUCUUUGUGUCGUCGCCAACUCCGCUCGGACGAACACGACCACGACGCGCGCACGAAGUUUACGCGGGACGUGUAUGGCCGGAUUCGCGCGGGACAAGGACGUAAGUGUGUUGAAUAAUUAUAUUAGCAACGGCACGCGAACAGGUAUAGCCGCUGUCGACGACGACGCCGCCAUUACCGACCGACGGCGUACAAGGCGAACUCCGUCGGCUCGCGCUCGUUCUGCCGGGGCAUGUCGGACGCCUCGGUGCCCGAUUUUGCCGGGUCUCUCCUCGUCGACCGGCCGAUCUCGGAUGGCGGACAAAGUAUUUCGUUGGCGUCCCGUCACCCAAGCUACUGAAUUCCGUUCUCGUCCCGCCUUUGUCGUGCGGCCAUUCCCCCACAAUAUUCCCGUUCUCGUUGUUUUUUUUUUUUCUCUUUAAUUCGCCCCAACAAUAAUUACUCGACAUCACAAUUGGAUAUUUUACAUUUUAAUCGCCCACCGCGGCUCCGUAUAUUAUGCUCUUUAACGUUCACUCGUAUAGUAUAUACUGUUACAUUUAUGAUAAUAAUUCAAUUCGCCAUGAAAUCUCGGAACGUUCUAAUUAUUCUACGAUUUUUGUAUUUGUUCGUUUCUACGUGUCGAUUAUUUAAAAAAAAAAAAAAAAUAAUAAUUUUACAUAUUAUUGUACUACUAGUUAAAUUGGUCAACACAUUUCGAAAACGAUAUAUUAGUUUUAGGCGCAUACGUAUACCUAUUUAGUAUUAUAAUCGCUUACUCGAUUACCGUCAUUCUUAUUUUCGACUAGCUCGUGGAUAUUUCUACCGUACACAUUUUUCCUUUUAUUUAAAUGUUCAAUAUAUUUACUGACAUAUCUAUUUAUUUUUUAUACCCAGAUUUGAAUUAUGUUAAAGGAAAUUUGAACUUUGCAACACAAUCACAAUCAUGGCUUCAAAUCACAUUAUGGAGUUGCAAAACUGUUUGCCGCCUAUGAAAAAUGGUAAAUUAUUGUAAAUUAUUAUUUCGAUAAAUAUUAUCAUUUUACUGUAAACUUGAGUUCAUGAUUAUAAUUUUGAAAAUUAAUAUUCACCCUUUUUUUCUUUUUUUAAAUAUACUUUAUAUUUUAAAUGUUUGUACGUUUACAGUAAAUUGAAUGAUUAAGUGUACUUAUGUUUAAUUUAAAAAUCAUUAACAUUAUGAUACAUAUUAUGAAAAUAAAUUAUAGUAGGUUAGAUUUUGCAAUGUGUUUUAAAAAUAAAAAUAUUAUGGUUACUGUUCUAAAGUGGCCACUAUAUGUAAGAAGUUGGGAAAGUAAGAUUUAUAAGAUACUGUAGUUUGUAUAAUGUAUGCAACGAUUAGUCAUUGUAAACAAAGAAUGAUUUUGAGCGGAGUGCGUUUUUUUUACAACUUUAAAUUGAAAAUAUAACAAUUAUUGUUGUUUAUAAUUUUAAUACAUUUAAACUUUGAGUAUCUAUUUCAAAAAAAAAAAAACCAUCGCCACAAAUAUCCGAUAUUUUUAUAAUAGGUACCUAUUUCAAAAAAAAAAAAAACCAUCACCACAAAUAUCCGAUAUUUUUAUAAUAGGUACUAAUUUUCUAUACAAUUUUUAAUCAUUUAUACAAAGCUGAAAAUGUUUAUUGACAUGAAACCAAUAAAUUUGACUAUUUUAAAAGGCUAUAAAUAACUAGGUUAAAAACGUAUGGAUAUUUUUGAAAAUAUUAUACCACGUCUAGAAAUGCUCGUAUAAUUAUUCAAUGGAAAUUUCAAAUCCUGACAAUUAUUUUUACUUUAAUUUGGUACACAACUAACAAACAAUUAUAAGCAAAUAAAAAAAAUGUUUGACUAUUCAUCAAGUAGACAAAAUUUCUAGUUGUAUAAAUAGUAAAACUAACAUAUUACUCACUUUGCUCAGAAUCUAAUAUUUAUGUAGCUGUUAAAUUUUGUUACGUACCUAUUAAUGAUAGUUAAUAUUAUUUCAAUAAUACUAGUUUUUAAACCGAUAAUACUGUAUAAGGACAUUUUUAUUUAUGUAAUAGGUACUUAUUGACGAUAUCUAACUAUUUAGAUAAGCUAGAUAACAAAAAUCUUGUAAUUUUUUUUGGUUGUUGUUUCGUGUUUAUGUGUUCAAUUAAAAUUAGUCGACUUACGAUUAAUUAAAAUAUAAAACUGAAAAAUUUGACCUUUCUCUAUUUUUUAGUUUUCUUUUCAAUUUCUUAAUAAUUUUUGAAAUAAAAUAAGUUGAUAGUCAUUAAUAUUGUUUCUAUUUCAUCAAUUAAAAAAAUACCCCAUUAUUUUAAAAUAAUUGUUUAAUAUUGUACUCAUCGACUAAUAUUAAUUGUACAAGGUGUAUUUAGUUUUAGUAUGAUAAAAUUAUAAUAUUAUAUUAUGUUGUAUUAGGUAUAGAUUAUAAAUUAAAUGAUAUUAAUGAUCAACAAGAAAUGAUCGCCAAUUCUCAAGGAUGGAAUUCACAUGAUAUUAUGAUACCAGUUCCAAUAAAAAUGCAACCACCCCUUAUGUUGGACCAAAAUAAUCUUCAAAUGCCUAACCAAAUUCCACAUCAAAAUAUGUUGCAUACAAAUCCCCAAGUGCAUUUUGAACAAGUAAAUACAUAAUAUAAGUUGUUUAUUAUAAGAGAUACUAAAAAUUUGUGGUUUCAGGGUUUACCAAUUGGUACAUAUAUAGAACCAGAAUUACCAAUUGAAUUGUUACAACAGGGAUGGAAGAAAUUUUGGAGCAAACGUGAGAAUAGGCCAUAUUUUUGGAAUAAGUUAACUGGUGAAUCACUUUGGGAAUUUCCACCACUGAGACAGGUAUUUAUAAACUACAAAUCGAUUCAAUUAUUAAUCAUUUUAUAUAUUUUAAAAAUUUGAAUUUUUAGUUUGAUGUUACGUCAGACCCUCUGGGCAUUACACAUGAUGUGAACCCAGAUUUAAACCCUGAUGGAAUCCACAAUCCAAACAACAACUUAAUGUUAUUGAAAAAGAGACCAGCAGAAGAAAUCAUCUUGGGUCCGAUAAUGAAAAAAAUUAUUAUAACGUAAGUAUAGAUUUUAGAUUUAAAAUAAUUAAUGUUUUUUGCAUUUUAUAUUAUUUAAAAUAGUUUUAAUUUUAUAUUUAGUUAGUUUGUGAUAUACAUUUUUUGUUUAAAACUUAUCAAUUGAAAUAUUUUAACUUUUUCAGAGGCCCGUGGGAACUAGAAAUUCCUACAAAUGUAAUUAUAUAUGAGAGGUCACCAUCCACAUUAUCUCAACCCCAUCCAGAAAUUGAAUUGUAUCGUGGUAACCUUGUUGCAAAAUUAAGACAAUGUUAUCAAGAGUUGUGUCAGUCUCGAGAAAGUUAGUGUUUAAACUAAUAUAGGUAUUGGUUUGUUACCGCCCCCGCUUUGCCAUCCUAAAAAAUAUAUCAUCUCGCCACUCAGGUUUUUUUUUCAUACAUAGUUCAUGUUUGCAGAAUGAUAUUGAAGUAAUUUCAUGAAGUAGAGAAUUUUGUGAACUAGGAAUCUUGAAUCUUUAAACCAGUUAUCAACUCUAAUGAUUUUUUCUUUAUGAUAUUUUCUUCUGUGAAACUGCCAUUAGAACUGUUUAAAAAAAAAUUGUUUGAAAGUUUACAUAACUACAACUUAUUUGAAUAAGAUUUUUAGAUUGCAAAAAUUGAAUAUCAUAUUUGUUUAAAUAAAUCUAUUGAAUUUAUUUUUAAACAAUAAAACACAUAUAAGGACAGAAUUUUGUUUUAUGUUCUCGAUUAACUUUUUUGUCAAAAAUUUUGUUAUUUUUUCAGUGUUGUGUUUCAAUACAUUAUAUCAAACCAAUUGACUUGCCUUUUUAUAUCAUGUUUUUUUUUUGGGGGGGGGGGGGUGUUUUGAAUAUGUUGUUAUUUUAAUUUAAUUUUGGUUAUAAUUUUAUAAAUAGUAAAACUUCUAUUUUUUUAUGUAGAUAAAAUUAAAUUCAAUAUUUUUACAAAAUCUAUUUAAUAUUACAUAUUUUAAGGUAUUUUGCUAUAAUCAUAGGUGUGGGCAGAUUUCUGUGUCUUCUUUCUCAUACAAACAGUUUUAAAAGUAAUUUCUUGUUGGUGACUGGCAAAUAUAAACAUCCAUUUUUCAUUAAGAUCAUGAUUUAUCAACAUCAAUACUAAUUUAAGGAUAUAUUAAUGAAAUAAAUAAUUAAAAAACAUUUGAAAUAUUUAUAUACAGGGUUUCCCACAAAUAUUGCCCACUGUAAUAUCUCCUGAGAUAAUAAAACUUUGUUUUUAAUAUAUAUAUUAUAUAUAGUGGAACCUCAAUAACUUGAAAUAAAUACUGUUCCUUUUCAAAAACCUAGAUGUUUUGAAAGAAAAUGUAUUAAUAACAUUUUAUGUUCUGAAUAAUGACAGAUAGUUUUUAUGAUAAUUUGUCUAAUCCGCUUGUGGAUCCCUUAAUUUAACUUUGUCUAUUGUCACUACUUUUGGUAUUUUUAUUAACAUAAUUUUAAAAUAAUAAUAAUACAUUGUAAUUAUAUGUACAUAUUAUACAAUAUAUAAUAAUUAAAAACUUUAAUCCAUACAUAUAUUUUAAAAACUUAAAUCAAAUUUUUUUUCGAAAACCUUGGUCAAAAGAAAAAUUUUAUUUCCCCUGAAUUUCAACUUAUGAAGAUCCACUGUAUAUUAUUUUUAUUCUCAGUGAUAAUGACUUAAAUAUUUAUAUUUGAAUUAAAUUUGUGUGUUUUGAUAAAAAACAUUUAAUAACUUUAUUUUAUGAUUUUCUAAAAAAUUUGAAGAUAGUCAUUUUAUAAAGUUUAUUAUAUUCUCUUGAAAUUUUGACUUUAUAACUUCUCUUCUAAUUAAAUUCACAGUUUUUAAUAAUUUUUAAAGUUCAGUUAUUUAUUAAUUGUACACUUUUUCUCAGAACUAGGAAUUAUUAAAAUCACAAAUUUGAUGAAAAUCAAGUUAAUAAUGAAAAUUGUUCAAAACAAUAAAUAAUAUAAAAUGGCUAUUUACAAAUUUUUCAAAGAAAAAAACAUUAAAAGGAUAUAUUUUGGUUUUUACUAAAACAUAAAAAUUUAAUUCAAAUAUAAAUAGUUUUAUUCCUUUUCCCAUAGAGUAAUAUAAAAAAAAAAAAUUAUUAUUGUUAUUAUCUCAGGAGAUGGGAGAUAUUGCAAUGGAUAUAUCUUGGUGGGACAUUUUGUCAAUCAGUAUGCAAGUGUUAUAUAAUUUAUAUUUGUCUAAUAUUUAUUAUAUAAUUAAAUCAAUUAUUCAUCCAAAAUAUACAAAAAUAAACAGCAUUGGUAGGUACUUAAAUAUACUUUUUGUAUUCUUAAAUUGUUAUUUAUCGAGAGUAAAUAUUAUUAUGCAAGUAAGUGCAUAUUGUGUAUAAAAUUAAAAAAGAAUUAAUUAGAAUGUAAAGUAAAUAUAAGCCAUUAAAACCUUUUCAAGAGCUGUUAUUUUAAUUCCAACAUUCUCAAGUUUGAAAACGUUUAAGUUAAUUAUAUUAUUAUAUCUAUCAUUGCAGAAAAUUCUUGAGUGGUUAUGUUUUAUACACUAAUGAACAAAUAUAAUUUAUAUUCGCUAUUCUUAUACUGAUUAUAAAGGGUGUUCCAUGAAGAUAUAUCCAUUGUAAUAUCUUCUAAGGUAAUAAAGAUAAUCAAAUUCUGUUUUUUUUUUUUUUUUUUUACAUAUUACAGGGAUAAGAACUAUAAAUAUUUAUAUUUGAAUUAAAUGUAUGUUUUUGAUAAAAAUAACUUAAUUAUAUUAUUUUCAAAAAUGUUGAUUGUUCAAUUUAUUAAUUCAUGAUUUUUAAUAAUUUUUUAAAGCUCAGAGAAAAAGUGUUUAGUAAAUUAGCCAUAAUAAUAAUCAAUUAGUAGAUAGGAUUGCAGUCUGCUGCAUAAUUACAGGUACUUUUCUGAUACUCUCUAUGUUCCAAAAUAGUCAUAUGACUUAAUAAAAUAUUAUAAAUUAAGGUUACCCUCAAUUUAUAUUCAUACACAAUUAGUACAACACAUACAAAUGUUAUGCUCUAUCAUCUUAUAAAUGCUGUACAUAUUAAGUGUACUUAAUACUUCAUAAUAUUAUUUUAAAACUUCAUGCAAUUUUUAAAAAUAUAAUUUAAAAAAAAUUGUAUUUGUCAAUAAGGAGUGGCCAAACCAGGAAAAAGGGAGACAGUAGUUUUUUAAUAGUUUUAUUUCAUUAACAUUAUUGUAAAAAAUACAAUUUCUUUUCUAUUCUGAAUUGUACAAGGUUGGUAAUAACUUGUAUAGGUAUAUGAUACAGGUUGUAACAUAAUUUGUUAGUUGGUUGUAUAGCUUCUAUAUGUAUAGUCUCUUGUGUAAAUAUAUAAACUCAUUAAAACUAAAAAUCCUAUACCUACUAUUGGUCAUAUUGUCAUAAUGAACCCAAUACCCAUCCACAUAUAAAAAAAGGGUCACAUGGGGCUAUAGCCCAAUCAACCAUACCCACAUUAUAUUUGCAAUGUCACUUUCAGUCUCUCAUGUAAAUACCUUUGAUGUUUCACUCACCAUGAAAUAAUUAUUAAGGGAAUAAAAUGUAUAAGAAAAUUUGUUUUUACAUAUCCGCAAACAUUUAUAAUUUUUUUCAUUUCUUUUUAUGUGUUCGUUGAUGAAAUUGUUUGAUUAAACAAAAUUAUACCUGUAUAGUACAUUUUUCAUGUACUUAAUGAAUAAAUAAUGACUUAUUUGAUAUUAUAUUUCAUUCUAAUAUUAUUAUAAAAUUAAUAAUUGUGGCAGGCUAUAACAAACCAGCACCGUAACAUAUUAUUGAUAGUUCUGGUUUUUGUGAAGUUCUGUUUUGUAUUCAUAAAUAAUUUUUCAGAUAUUAAUGCACCAAAAGAAUCUUUUAACCGUUGGCUUAUUGAACGAAAAGUAUCUGAUACAGGUUGCGAUCCUCUUUUGCCAUCCAAUUGCUUUACAGAAGUUUCUUCAAGAAUGUAUUGUGAAAUUAUGAACGAUAUUCCUUUAAGAUUGUCUAAACCCAAGUAUACAGCAGAUGCUCGCAAACAGUUAUCUAUUUAUGCCGAAGCAGCUAAAAACCUUAUAGAAUCUAGGUAAUUAACAUAACAUUUAGAUUAUACAUCAUUUUUUUAUAUAUAUAAAACUAUAUUUUUGUGAAGGGUACAUAAUUUAAUUUGUACAUGCUGGACUUGUGGUGUAGAUUAAAUUGUAUGAAUUCAUUAUUUCAUUAAGAUCACUCUUUAAGACAAUUUUCUAUAGCCUUUUAAAUUCUUAAUAACUUUUGAUUGAUUUUAUAGGAACACAUUGCAAGAUAGCAGGAAAGUUGUGAAAUGGAACACUGAGGAUACUUUACAAUGGUUAAGAAAAACAGUUGGUGCUACAUAUGUAGAUUUUCAAGAAAGAUUAAACCAUUUGAAGGUAAACAUACAAAAACGUAAUAUUAUUUUAAUUACAUUAAAUUGAAUACUAUUUAUAAUAAAAUUAAUAUAUGACAAUAUACCCCUCCCCCAAUUUUCCUCUCAUAUUGUUUUUAAAUAAAACUAUUUGAAUAUGCAUUUUUUUUCUUUUAUAUCUAAUUAAAAAAAAAAAUUAAAUAUAAUUAUAGAUAAUUCAAUAAUAUUAACCAAAAACUCAUUGCAAUUAGAGUUCUGUUUUGUACAAUUUAAAUCUAAAAUUGAGUUAAAAAGUUCUAUAAUUGCUUAGACUAGUAAAAUAACAUUCUUAUGUAAUCUUACAUAUAUUUAUUGGGAUGUAAUAAUCCACUUAUUAUUGGAUCAAAUAUACAUUGAUCAAUCAAUAUAUAUACAGUGGAACCUCGAUAACUCGAAGGAAUACCUUGGCCCCUGGCUUCCAAUAUAUGAUAUGUGUGUGAUAUGUAUAUGUUUUCCAUAAGUCGAAUUUUCGAUAACUUAAAUUUUUUUUUCGCCCCCAACCGAUUCGAGUUAUUGAGGUUCCACUGUAUAUAUAAAUAUUUAUUCUUUAUUCUAUUACACAUUAAUAAAACAUUUGAUAUUAAACAAAAUAAUGAAUAAUUACAAAUCCAAAUUCUUAUUUUUAUUUUUUAAAUAUGGGAAAAGGGGAAUUUUCCAUUUACCAAAAUAUAUACAUACAUUUUUGCAUUAUUAUUUAAAAUCCACAAUUUAUAAUUUCAGGCUCAGUGCCAGCCUCAUAUUGCACAAACUGUCAAAGAGUCUGUGGAAGGUAUUUGUUCAAAAGUGUAUCAUUUAUCAGUUGAAUAUGCCCGCAAGGUAAAAGAAAAAAAUAGUGAACUUUUGGCAGCACAGGGAAUUCAAGGUUAGUCAAUAAUUCAAAUUAAUUAAUUGCCAAUUUCACCAAAAAACACUAAUCAUUGUUUAAUAUAUGUAACGCAGUAAAUUACCUUGUUUGAUUUAGUCAUUAUAAUCAUUAUUGUAUUAACAGUGAUUUUUUGAUCAACUUCAUGAAUUACUAUUAACUUCUGUAUCUGUAAUGGUUCUAUGACAAUAGAGUGAAAACAAAAUGAGCAAAUACAAAUGUGAGCGAAAAAAAUUUAAAUUAUUAAAAAUGUUUUUAAUUAAAAUUAGAAAUAAAUCACAAAUUGUAUGGGAUAUCUUCCAGUUGAAUAUUGAAUUGUAUAAUAGUCGUUAACAAUAUGAACAAAAUUUCAACAAAACAAUGACAACUCAUUUAUUAUAAUUUCAGGAUUAUCUUAAGUUUCAACAGCACACUUUUUAAUGUUUUCGAAUACAACUUCCGCUUUAUUGUAAAUAUCAGAAAUGUAAUUAUGAUCAAAAGGGGCUUUAAUGAUUUCAUCGUAUUUUAUAUUAAAUGUUCUUUAUAUCCAUGUAUCUAAACACCACCAAUAUUCAACAUAUUAUGUAACAAUUCAACUGCCUGAAAAAUAAAAACAUUAAUAUGUUAAAUAUAUGUAAUAUUAGAACACCACCAAUUCAAAUUGUAAUCGCAAACUCAUCGAAUCCUAAAAUAUGGAACUGUCGUUUCUCAUAGUACCUACAUAAUAUUGCUCAUGUAAAAUAUUUAAAAGAGGAAAGUUAGAAAAUAAUUCAUGAAAUGUUUAUACACAAUUUUAAAACUGGAUUUUUCGCCAUAUAUGUUUUUCUCAUUUUGCUUUCAUGCAUUUGCACUCUUAUAUUUACCCUCUAUUAUUGAGAUACCAUCUGUGAUAUGAUAUUAUAUUUUAGAUUCUGAGCGAAAAAGGAAUUUAUUGGUUUUACAAUGGCUGUUUAUUUUUUUUUUUUUUUAUAUGUGAACAACUUUGCAACAGCAUUUAGAUUUAGGUUCAAGAUAAAUACUUUCUAGUGUCUUAUGGAUAGAAAUAUUAUUACUAAAAAUAGAAAAUUAGAUCCUAGAUAGUUUAGAAAAGUGCUCGAUAGAUUUAAGAAUUUCGGUUAGUUAACAAUUUUUAUCAUACUCGAGACAACCCUUAAUUUAAUCCAGAAUGAUAGAACCUGGUUUUUGGUAGUGUGAACCACUUAAAAAAGUUAAGUUUUGUUCAUCCAAAUUAUUAAAACUAUCAUUUUUUUCUCCUAUUCAUUUACAUUAACUAAUGGCAUAGUCUUCAUUUAAAUACUCUUGACUUACAAAGAAAUGAUUAAUGAUCAAAAUCUAAAUGAAUAAUUUUAUAUUGAUAAAUUAAAAUUAACAUAAAUUAAUUAAUAUUGAUUAAUUUGUAUAGUAAAAAUAAAGUUUUAAAUCUUUUUGCAUUUGUAAAUUUAACUAAAACUAUUCCUAUUUGAUUUUUAAAUAUAUUUUGUGUAUUUAGAAAUCACACCGGCCCCUGCAAUGUUAACAUUGCAUAAAGUUUGGUGUUAUCCUGUUCAGUUUAUAACUCCAGCACCCAGACUUCCACCUAUAGAAUACAUGGCUGAUAAAGAUCAGACCUAUGUUCGGUUCAAUGGAGAGAGGCUACUCAUUAAUACUAUGUAUCUCCAGAAACUGGUAAAGAAUUUUUUUAAAAAUUAAUAUUUUAAUGGAUGAUGUAAUACUUAUAUUUAACUAUUUUUACAGGAACAAUUGUAUCGCUACAGCUGUUUUGAAGAUAAAAAAAUGGAAUACUUUAUGUCUAGAGUGUGGUGUUUAUUAAGAAGAUACAGUGUUUUUUGUGCAAACAGCCCUGAAACUCAAGUUUCUGUGCCUGUUCCAGUUUUAGAAUCUCUACAUAGAUAUUUUGGUGUGACAUUUGAGUGUUUUGCAUCCCCAUUGAAUUGCUAUUUUCGGCAGUAUUGUUCAGCAUUUCCGGAUACUGAUGCUUAUUUUGGAUCUCGUGGGUUUGUAUACAUUUUUAUUAUAGCAGUUUUGAAUUUGAAUUUAGUUUUCGACUUUCCCAGAGUUAUGUUUAGUGAUCACAUAUAAUUAUAUUUAUUUUAGAAUUAUUAAAUUGUUCAAAGACAACUAUUAUGUUGUUAUUUUGUUUUUUAUAAUAUCUACCAUCAAUUAAAAAAAAAUUUUUUAAGUUACUAUUGUAGAUUUAACCAAAAUAUCUUUAUAUCUGAAAUUUAUUAUUUACCUUCAUUAUUUUUUUAAAAUUUCAGAUCGAUUUUGGAUUUGAAUGCGGUUAGUGGGUCAUUUAUGGUCAAUCCACCAAUUCAUUGUAAUGAAUUAAUUGAAGCCACUCUAAAUCAUAUGGAUCAUUUGUUGUCUGAAUCCAGUGAGCCUCUAUCUUUCAUAGUUUUUCUAGCAGAUGGUGAAACAGCAUUUGUUGAUAAGUUAGAAACUAGUCAAUUCAAAAAACGUGAGAUUGUGAUACCUGCAUUUGAACAUUAUUAUAGACAUGGAUUCCAAUAUAGUGUACCAAAGUAUGUAUGCAAUAAUAGAUGUGUUUGAAAACUUAAUGAAUAAUAUUAUCUUUUUAGGGCUGAAGUAAAUGUGAGAUCUCCCACGAGCACAUUAGUAGUUUGGCUGCAAAACAACGCUGGUUUUCAACAAUGGAGUCCAACUGAAGAAAAGGUAGAUGCUCUUUUGCAAGAUUUCCGACCAGGGCGGGAGCGUGAUCGGGAUCGCCAAGAACUCUUAUCACCAGCACCUAACCCCAUUUAAGGUCCUCUGCCACUUCCUGUUUAGUAUUAGUUAACAUAGCUAUAUGUGGUAGUACUAUGUACCACUCUAAUACUACUAUUAAUAUGUGACAGUUAGUUUUUUGUUAAGUGUAUAUUAUAUAUAUUUCUAUUUAUAUAUUAUUUAUAUGGAUGAAGCAUUUACUCAUUAUUCAAGUUUUUAAGUUUUAGUUUUUACAUUUUAUUUAAAUGCCAAUUAUUGAUAUUUAUUUCGCCUAUUUGUUAGUGAAAGUAUUUUAUAGUGUUAAAUUAGAUUUUUUUUUGGAUUCUGAGAAUUUUAUCUAUAGCUAGACUAUUGUUUAGAGAAGAAUAUUAUUUAAUUUAUUUUUUGAUCUAAUUUCUACUAUAAGGUAAUAAUGAUUUAUCAUUUUAUUGUCCAACAAUAGAAUGUAAAUUGGAAAGAAAAAUAUAUCAGAAUUUCGUCCAUAUAUUCAAAUGUUUGCAAUGGAUUGUUGUAUAUCAACAAUUUCCAAUAGCACAUUACAGAAUAUCGAAUUAAUAUUAUUUAGAAUUUAAGGGCUAGUGUUAAGGGAUAUCUGCAAUUUUCAACUCAAACUUAAAUAUGUUAUGUGCAUACAAUUGCCUAACAUUUAAUUAACUUAUUUAUAAGUACAUUAUAUUUAUUAACAUUGUAUAAUACUUAACUAAACUAAUCUGCUUGUCUAUCUAACAUAUUGAUUAUACAAUUAUAACUAUUUAUAAUAAAAAGUCUGAAAGAACUUCAUACUUUAUAGUCAAUAAUUUUGUUUUUGAUGUAAACCUACUAAUUUGCGCACAAUAUAUGUACUUUAAAGAUGUGUAUUUAUUGAUCAUUAUUAGCGGUCUUUUGUCUGUACUUAGUGUUUUAUUCAUAAUUGUUUCCAAUGUUAUCUUAAUAUUAUUUGUUAUACAUUGGUGAUUUAAAUGUACGUUCUUAAAUUAUACCAUAUACAAAUAAUGUAGUUUUCCUCAGCCUAACUUCUUAAUUAGAUUUUAUAGUUAACUUUGUAUAAGAUAUUGUUAAAUUAAAAUUAAUUUUUUAAAUUUUUUUGAUUAUCUCUAUAAUAUCUUUAAAUUAAAAAAAAUAAUCUUAAGUAAUUUGCCAAAGUUAUAAUUAUCAUUGGUUUGUUUAUUAUAACUGUUGCAUUGUGCAUUAGUAAACAUUGUUUUGUCUUUCUUAUAAAAAAGCAGUAUAGUUUAUGUAUAAUUAUGAAUCUAUGUUGUAUUAUUAAUAAAUAUUAAUAACAAAAUUAAAUAUAGUACAUUUAAAAUUAAGUAAAGUUCUCUAUUAUUAAACUUUUAUGUUAAAAUAUUAUUCUUUAAGCAGUAAUACUUUAAGUGGUAAUACGAUUAAUAUAUGUUAUGUUUUAUGUAAUUUAAAAAAUAUGUAAGUUAUAUUAAUCAGGAUAAUUUGUGAUUUAAAAAAAAUAUCUCACCUAUGAAAAGUUUUUAAUCUUGAAAUAGCUAUUACAUAGACUUCAACAAAUGUAUUUCAAUUUCAGUAUAUUUAUAGGAGAAACGUAGUAAUUUGAAUUUGAAAUAAUUGUUUCUUAUAAUUAUUAUAUUAUUAAAUUACUAUUAUUAGUAUUGCAUUGCAUAAUAAUAAUCUGUCCAUAAAUAAGGAGUAAUUGUAUAUUCUUAAACUGUGAAUUAUUUCGACUCACAUAACAACAUUUUGUUUGUAACAUUAAAUAACAAGAUUAUACAUUACAAUUUUUAAAAUAAAACCUUAUUAAUAAGUUAUUGUAACAAAAUUGAAUAUUAUUUAUUUGGCUUCUGUGGUCAGUAUAUUAUAAUUUUUAUUAUGGUUUUAUAUUUCAAAAUGUAUUAUAUUAUAAGAAUGUCUCCUUAUAUCAUAAAUCAUCA